CGAAGCGGUACUUGGUCAUUUUCGCAUCCGUGCGAAAUCCCGAACGAACAAGCGGAGAGAGCCGCGUCGCCAUCUUUAGGAACGGUACCGAUUACCUCCGCUAUCGCCGCCUGUUUCGUUUUACUUUGCGCAAAGUAAAUCCGCGAGUAUAACAAAACAAUUGGUGUAUUUAGUGCAAUAACGCGUACUGUAUAUUCAAUCGCGGGGAUACGCGACACAUAACCGUUUGUGAUGUUCGUUUAAUAAGCCGAGUAAAAAGUUUCCGUGUGUGUGUGUGCCGUGUAAGUUGAGCAGACGACGUUUCGUAAGCGUUCGAGGGUUGAGAACGAUCAAAAUCAACGUCGUUCUCUCGAUUCGUUCGACCCUCGUUCGAACAAUCGUCACCGAUUCUGCCGCUUGGUACGUUUAGCCCGUGAAUCAACCAGUGUGCAGUGUUUUGAUUUGCCGAACGAAGCGAGCGAGGCACGUCGAUGGUAGUCGUCGCAGACGUACACGAAUCAAGAGAGGAGUAAAAAUAAAGGGGGAGUAAGGGAUAGAUCGAGACGGCUGUAGAGAACGACAGCAACAUCGGGCUAGUACAAUUGACAGGAAAGAUGGCGCUAGGUACGGACGAGGAUUAAUGCUGACCCAUUUUUCCGCGCGAAAUCGCUCGGUCUCGCUUUGUCGUGCGAUCAAGGGACCAGUAAAAUUGGAAUCGAGUGCUAGGAGUCGGUUCCUAUUGUGAAUUCGAACCGAUAAAAAGUAAAAACGAAAGGGAUAAGUCGUUUGUCGGUAGAAGUGUAUUCACCGUGCGGUUCGCGCGUGUGCCCUGUUACUGCGUAAGUGUGAGUGGCCUUUUCGAGGUGUGUGGGUCUGGUUAGGGUCAGCAUCGUACCGACAGGUUUCGACGAGAACAGAGGGAACGGUUGAAAGGGAACGCGUACGAAAGACGGCGCAGGUGGUACCGGGCAAAAGUAACGUAGAAGAUAGCAAAAUUUUUGAAGGGGCCAGGGUUUGGCGGAGCCUUGGUAGGCUCGGCUGCUGGAGAGGAUCAACCAAGACGAAGACGCUGUCUUCGCGAACCUUUGGAGCUGCGUAGAGCCCUGGCCGGCUCGGGUAUCAGCGCGGCUGCUAAGAUGGGCAACAAUGCCACGUCCUCGAACAAAAAGGUUGACGCUGCCGAGAGCGUCAAGGAGUUCCUCGACAAGGCAAAGAAGGAGUUCGAGGACAAGUGGCAGAAGAACCCGACGAACACCGCUGCCCUCGAUGACUUCGAGCGUAUCAAGACUCUCGGUACCGGCUCGUUCGGACGUGUUAUGAUAGUGCAACAUAAACCGAGCAAAGAGUAUUACGCCAUGAAGAUACUCGACAAGCAAAAGGUCGUGAAACUGAAGCAAGUCGAGCACACGCUGAACGAAAAGAGGAUACUGCAAGCGAUCAGUUUCCCGUUUCUGGUAUCGCUGCGGUUUCAUUUCAAGGAUAAUUCGUAUCUGUACAUGGUCCUGGAAUAUGUGCCGGGUGGCGAGAUGUUCAGCCAUCUGCGGAAGGUCGGCCGUUUCUCGGAACCGCAUUCGCGCUUUUACGCGGCACAAAUCGUACUAGCGUUCGAGUAUCUUCAUUAUCUAAAUUUGAUCUACAGGGACCUGAAGCCGGAGAAUCUGCUGAUCGAUUCUCAGGGCUACCUGAAAGUCACGGAUUUCGGUUUCGCGAAAAAGGUACAGGGCAGAACAUGGACCUUGUGCGGCACGCCGGAAUACCUAGCCCCUGAAAUAAUCCUGAGCAAAGGUUACAACAAGGCCGUGGAUUGGUGGGCGCUCGGUGUCCUUGUUUACGAGAUGGCCGCCGGUUAUCCACCCUUUUUCGCCGAUCAGCCGAUCCUGAUCUACGAGAAGAUCGUCGCCGGGAAGACGCGAUUUCCCUCGCAUUUCGGUUCCGAUCUGAAGGACUUGCUACGUAACUUGCUGCAAGUCGAUCUCACGAAAAGGUACGGGAACCUGAAGGCUGGCGUGAACGACAUCAAGGGUCACAAGUGGUUCGCCAGUACCGAUUGGAUAGCAGUCUUCCAAAAGAAAAUAGAGGCGCCGUUCAUACCCAAGUGCAAAGGCCCCGGGGACACGAGCAACUUCGACGACUACGAGGAGGAGACGCUCAGGAUUUCGCUGACGGAGAAGUGCGCCAAGGAGUUCGCUGAAUUCUGAAUUCUUGUAUGGAUAGAAGAUGGAUACACGUGUCGCGUAUUUAUUCAUACGCGAUGGUUCGUCGCUCGUUGGUCGCUUUUUGGGCGAGAGAAAGAGAUAGAUGAAGAAGUAAGAUGGAAUAUUGAGAGAGAAAGAGAGAGUGCGAGGGGAGGAGGGCAGGAGCGAAAGUGCAAGGGAAGAUCGCGUGCAUGGAAACGGGAAAGAGAGAAAGAAUACGGGUACGAGUGAGCGCGAGUGUAUGAUUGCGUGCGUGUACGAGGAAGCUCGGAGGCGAACUUAGGCGAAAAUGAUACCAUUAAAAGAUUUCGGUGGGACGGGUGGGGGGUGGAAGUGCAACAGAGAUGGCAAAUUUUGCGCUUUGUUAUUUUCACGAAACGAUAGUAAAACGACGUUUGUCGAGCGUAUAUAGAAAGAAAAGAAAACGAGACAGCGAAAGGGACAAACAAGUAUAAUAUAUAUAUCAAUGAAAACUACAUUUCGGUUGUUGCGUACACGCCAUCGCCAUUCGCUACUUUUUACAUCAGAUAAUCUUUCUCCCCCCUCCAGUCAACGAUGAAUAUAUAUACAUAUACGUACAUGCGUGUGUACCCUAAAGGUGGCUUUACUGUCCGGUUUAAGGAGGAGGCGUGUGUAAAGUUUUACUCUCGAUAUUUAUUAAUCGAUAUCGGAAACGUCACUUAGCCCGGAAUUAUAUUUUGUACAUAAUAGUGUCACUGUCUUAAUGAAUGUUCCCCGAGGCCCCCUUUACACCACGCCCCUCUUCUUCAUCGUCCUGCCUCUUUUAGCACAUACGUUUACAAGACUUGAGAGUAGUCAUAAUUCACCAACAAUCAAUUGUCAUGUCGUGCAUUGUUGUCUAUUUGUCUACAAAGAAUUCUUCUUCGUCGUUGAGAAAAUUUUGUCACGAUACGAUCCCAUAUUCAUAUCGCUAGUCGUUGAACGAUGAUUAUUCCGUUGGAGUAAUGUUUAUAUACGACUCGUUUUUUUUCAUCGAUUGCCCGCUUUGGACAACAUCGGAGGGGAAAUAGCGAAAGAGGGAAAGAGAGAGAGAGAGAGAGACGUUUAUUAUAGUAUAUUGUGAAUCUUAUAACAAAAAAUACUCGUUAUAUACCGGCUACAGAUGCUCGUUGUUGAAUUAUUGUACCUAGCGUGAAUGAGAUGAGCAGAGAAACAGAAAGGGAGAACAAAACAAGAGCGAAUGGGAGGGAGGGAAAGAUAGAGAGAGAGUGUGUGUAUGCGUGUGGGACGGGGACAAAAGAGUAUUUAUGAAAUUGGGCGGCAGGGUGGGGGAGGGGGGAUACGAGCAAAUGAGGAUUCAUUUUUGGAAUGUUUUUAAUAGAGGACCACCGGCGUUCGUACAUAGAUACAUUGUAAGAGUAAUUCAUAUGUCGCCUUAAGUUGCUGUACGCAAAUGAAGCAACGUUAUCUUUUAUAUAGAGCUGCACUUUUAGUACGGAAUGUAAACAUACGGACAAUCCUGAUCGCGCGAACGAACAAAAGGAGAAGAAACAAUUGAACGAACGCGUACCGUGAGAAUGAAAUAUAUUUCGUCGGAUAAUAGAGGCACCGGGAUUUUAUCAGCGACAGCGAAUAUUGCCGAAAGACGCGUUUGUUGAUUUUUUAGAUUACUUUCUUUCGCGGUAAAUUACGACCAUUAACGAAUAACGUGAGAUUAAGGAAACACCAAUAACGGGAGAACGAUUUUACGAUUUUACGACGAUACAGGGACGUAUACAGAGCAAACAUAUUAACUUUCUACGAAUAGCUCGUUGGCAUAAUCGUGGUGGGUGUUUAAUUAUUAUCUGAUAGAAAUAUUGUGCGGUUAAACGCCGCGCACAGGGUCAUUGCGAGCAUAGAGAUACGUAUCGAUUCGAUUUGGUGGUUUGGUCAAGAUGUUGGUCGAUGGGAGAGGAUAAAUCUAUGGUCUGUGGUAAUAUCAGUCAACUACGUACUGUGGUUUCCACUUUCGUUCAACUUUGUCCUCUUUACGAGCGAGACGAAACUUUACGAUCGAAAUUGCAGCUGAAAAGAGAAGGAUAGAAACGAUAGAGGGAGAAAAAGGAGAACGUAGCGGGAAAUAGAAGCCGAGUUCUAUCGAUAGGCACACUUUUCCGCGUACCAUGCGUGCGUCCCUAUCUAUACAAGGUGUCCCGUAAUUCCUGAUAAGAUCAAAGUGGGGGUUAUUGUAUUCACAAAUCAUUCCGAAGCUAGUCAAACUCGAACAAUCGUCUCUUAUAGUUGCUGAUCUUCCGUCGAUUCUCUUCUCAAUUUAUAUUAGUACCAAAGAUAUCGUUUUUUUUGAGGAAUUAGAAUUCUAUUCAUAGAAGCUUCGCAUUAUCGUUGCGAUUCGAUCUGCUAAAUUUAACUAGCGUUACUUUAUAUACAGAGAUUCGUGUAAAAACGCGAUUGGAUCUUCUGCCAGCUCCCAUAGAUUCGAACUAACCAGCUUGUAUCGAUGGUCACUUUCCGUCUUACGUUCUCGGAUUGGAAUUAAUUAUUCAUUGAACAUAGAUCAAAUGCAAUUCUGCUCAUGAAAAGCGGUCAAUUGCGUUAGUUUAUUGUUUCAUAUCAUAUAACGCUUCGCCUUCAGCGUCCAUUAAUACCGUUGCACACAGUAGAAUAGUUGUUGCUUCCAUCGCUGUAACGAUCAUACAAAAACGAUAUCACGUUAAUAGAUUUUUAACAAUUAGAUCGAACGCCAGUCUAAGUAUUUCGUUGGGAAUAUUUUUAAAAUUUUUAGAUAAUUUAGUUUUUUUUCUUGGAGAGCAUAGAGCAGGCUUUUACUGUGAUGUCUGGAAUGAAGUAUAUUUUUAACCAUCUAAAAUCCUAUAAAAUAACUCCUUGCAAGUAAUAUGUACGCUAUCGUGAGAAUAACUCGAUAAUAUCGAACAGCAACUAUCUAAUGGGAAACAUAUGGACGUGGAAAUGUUCCUAUCAUCACAGUUUUAUCAACUGCAGAACGCAAUAGCAGUUGAUAUUACCUUUGUCCUUUCUUCUGACGGAAGCUUCUAUCGAAAAUCGAUCAAGCGUUGCGCUUUUAGCUCGCCAAAUCCGCCGGAAGAUUUGUACAAUAAUAAAAAGGCCGCGUAUAUCGUGUAAAAUUUCAACUUUCCUCCGAUCCUCCAUCGAACUUCAUAAACAGAAAAUACCUGAAAGUAGAUUCGCCGAAGUAAAAUUCCACAAAUUUCCUCGGUUUGCAUUCGAUUUGCACCUGGAAUUACACGCGCAACUUUAAUCCUGAUUAAUCCGAGAUUUUUUACAUGAAAUUUCAAGAUUUUAACUCGCGCUGAGAUAUUGGAGGCAAUUAAAAAAAAUGGUAGGAGAGAAACGGGGCGAAUUAGAGUAGUAUGACCGUAACAGUAUUGCAGCGCUACUCCACCGUAGUCGUAAAAGUUACGAUUGGGCAGUUAACGACCAAUUUACUUUGAGACAAGACGAGCAUGUUUGCUCGCCGUGCGCUGGCUAUUAUUCAGGAAUAACUGCGUACAAAGGUUCCCUUAAAAACCGUGCAUUCUGAUAUCAAAGAGCGAAACAAUUGGAAGGAGAUUGCGUACAAUACCAUUAAUAACCGAUACGUUUGAACGAACGUAAACGAUCACGUUUAUCGACAGAUAUCUAUUUUGCAUAUAGCCAUUUCGGGUAGGAAACGCGUAAUCUCCGGUGAUUAGCGUACCAGAGACAUUUGCACGUC